AUCAGCUGUUUGUCAGUGUAUGCGUUUUUCUCCUGGUAGAAUUUCCUAACUGCUUGCUUGUUUCAUUUAUUUUAAUAGAAAAUUCUGUACUAAAGCAAGAAUUAAUUUGAAAAUAGUUGUUAUCUCCGUGAUUAGCAAGUCAUAUUAAACUAGUGUUGUGUUCAUUUUGAAUUUCGAAGCCUUCUACAUUGGAUGAAUUUCGGCACAGGGGUGCCGUGUACCGAGGAGGUCCAAUCGUCGCCAUAACGCCCAAAAUGACAAGCCAACCCUUCCGUAGGAAGCCGUUUAAAAUUCUAAACACAUUCUUGAACACGUAAAUAAAGACAAUUGGACAAUCAGCAAAUAAGCCAAAGUCAAACUUUUAAAGUGAUUUUAAGUUAGUGAAUUUUGUUCCUCUAUUUAUUUAGUUUUAUUCGAGUGAUAUUAGUCUUAAGUUAUUUAAGUGACGUGCCAUAACAAUGGUGAAUACUUGGUGCGUUAUCGCCGCUGUGCUUGGCCUGGUGGCGGCCGACAGGAACGGCCUACCACCUACUUGUGAUAGUUUAAUCUACUGCCACGGGCCAUUGCUGCAUACGGUGCAGAUGGCUGGCCUCUACAACGACUCCAAGACCUUCGUCGAUAUGAAGAUCAAGUUCUCUCCAAACAUCACCCUUGAACACUUUAGAAAGAUGAUGGAAAGGUUAUACCCAAUGGAGCCAACGAAAGCUGAUAUCCAGGAAUUUGUGAACCAGAACUUUGACCCUGAGGGUUCAGAAUUUGAGGACUGGAGGCCCACUGAUUGGAAGGAUAAUCCGGCGUUUCUGCAAAGGAUCAAAGAUCCACUUCUUCACCAGUGGGCGUCAGAUCUGAACCGGCUGUGGCUGGAGCUCGGCAGGAAGAUGAAAGACGAGGUGAAGAAGAACCAGGAUUUGUAUUCCAUCAUCUACGUUGAUAACCCGGUUAUUGUGCCUGGCGGUCGUUUCCGUGAGUUUUAUUACUGGGAUUCAUAUUGGAUCAUCCAAGGAUUAUUGCUAUCAGAAAUGAGGAUAACCGCUAGAGGCAUGGUUUCCAAUUUCCUAGAUAUUGUUGACAGAAUUGGUCUUAUACCGAACGGUGGGAGAAUAUACUAUGUUAUGAGAUCACAACCCCCACUUCUCAUCCCCAUGGUGCAAUCAAUAAUGGAGGAUUCUUUUGAUAUUGAUUUUCUAAAACAACAUAUACAUACAUUGGAUAAAGAAUUUGACUUUUGGAUGAAAAAUCAUACAAUCGAAGUUGAACACGACGGAGAAAAAUUCUUAAUGCUGAGAUAUGCAGAUGGCUCUAAAGGUCCGAGACCAGAGAGUUACAAAGAAGAUAUAGACUGUGCUAAACAUUUCGAUACAGCAGAUAAAAAAGAAGAAUUAUACGCAGAAUUAAAAGCGGCAGCCGAAUCCGGGUGGGAUUUCUCUUCUAGAUGGUUUGUGCUGAACGGAACUAAUAAAGGUAAUCUAACAAAUUUGAAAACCAGGUCAAUAAUACCUGUGGAUCUAAACGCUAUAAUGUCCUGGAACGCUGAGAUAAUGGCUGAUUUUUAUCUGAGGCUAGGAAAUAUUGACAAAGAGAGAUAUUACAGAAACACACAUGCAAGAUUAAUGGAGGCUAUUGAAAAGGUGUUAUGGCACGAAGACGUAGGAGUCUGGUUAGACUACAGUCUGGAGUCUCAGCGGAGAAGGGACUACUUUUACCCUUCCAAUGUCGCUCCGCUGUGGACAGGCAGUUAUGAUAAAGCUAGAACUGAGUACUUCGUUAGACGAGUUAUUAACUAUUUGGAUAAAGUCAAGGUGGAUAUCUACGAGGGAGGUAUCCCCACCACGUUCGAGCACUCCGGCGAGCAGUGGGACUACCCCAACGCGUGGCCGCCGCUCCAGUACAUGGUGGUCACUGGACUGGCCAGCACCAAGCUGCCGGAAGCCACUCGCCUGGCUUACGAAAUGGCUACCAAGUGGGUUCGCUCCAACUUCGAAGUCUGGAAGCAGAAAGCAGCUAUGCUGGAAAAGUACGACGCGACAAUAUUCGGCGGGUACGGCGGCGGCGGCGAGUAUGUUCUGCAGACUGGCUUCGGCUGGACCAAUGGCGUGGUGAUGGCCCUUCUCAACAGAUAUGGAGAGUGGUUGUCAGCAGCUGAGGCGUUCGGCUCUGAGUCGGCCGAGGGCGCGGUGCACGGCGCCGCCGUCGGCGCGAGUGGCGUCGCCACUGCGCUUCUCGUCGUGUUGGCGUCCGUCGCCGCGGGAGCGUUAGGACUUAUGGUAUACUGGAAGAGGAAGGACUAUAUUACCCUGACCGGAGGGGAGGAUCUCAAGUUGUUGUCGCGGAGACCGUACACAGAAUUGAGAAGUAUGAACGGAUCAUCGAACCCGAGACAGCGGUGAAUUGGAAAUCACCCCUACCAUGGUAACUCGAAUUGUAUUUAUAAAAUUAGCGAAAGAAUAACUGGUUUAUGGUAUUACUAGAUUUAAUAUAAGUUCUCACGUAUAAACUACAAUUAUCUUUUGUAUUUGAAUUCUAUCUUGUCGACGAAUCAAACGAAAAUGUUAUCUUAGUUAACUUUUCUGGUAUUAAAAAUUACGAUUUAAUAUGGAAGUAACCGGUACAUCUUUUCAAUUUAAAGCUUUUAGUAACUAUUUAAAAAAAUAACCAACGUGAGAACUUAUAAUGCAUUAUUAAAAGCAAUCAAAUUGCUGAGUAAGGUUCGAGUUUAGUUAGUUUGAUCGAGAAGUAAAUGGUAGGGGUUGACGCUGUAUAAUUUUAAACACAUUUUUGGUUUAACUGUUUAGUGUCAGUUCUGUCAAAUGCUGUGAAGAAUAUGUAUUUUUGUGUAUAUAAAUAGAAAUAAGAGAAAAUAUACUAUUAUCAAGUGAUUAAAAUAAUUACGGGAAUACAAACCGGUGCAAAUAUUUCUUUCAAAUAUAGAGUUACGAAUGAAAAGAGAUAGCUAUAUAGAGUGUGACAGAAAAUAUCAUAAAUUUCUUAACGUAAAGAUUCUCAAUUUCAAUUGUCUUUUAUUUUUUUAUGAAUACAUUUUUCUGUUCAGUAUGGCUGUGAUUUGACGUCUUUUCUCUUACAAUCUCCAAAUAUAUUUGCACCAUAAAAAUAACAUCCUGUAUAUUGACUUUAUAAACACUUUUGGGCAAGUGAUUUAGCUAACAUAUUUAAUUAUAAUUAAAUAACUGUCGAGUACUGAAAGUAAUAUUAAAUGCUUCGCAAUUGCCGCUUACAAUCAGAUGUCAAAAAUGUAAUUUAAUUUGGAGUUAAGGGUUGCCUUAUCAUGUUAAAUACAUUUCAGUAUCGUGAUUUAUUUAAAUAUAUUGAUAUUUAGUUAAUCUAUAGCUCAAUUUUCUUUCAAAGCAAUAUACAGAUUUGUCAAAAAACUUGUAUAACAGACAUAUUCAAUACAAGUUAUUAACAAUGUAAUAUCAGUAAUAUGGCGUUCUGAAAUCAUAUUUCUUAAUUUUAAAACCGGUAACAGUUAAAUAUUGUUAAUUUUCGCAGUUUAGUUAGAUUUUAUUGUAAAAGAGCCUUCUGAUUUAAACAGUUACAUCUCUGUAGAGCGACUUUCUGGAGAGAAUCUCUCUGGAGACUCUUUGGAGAGUGUAUCUGAAGAGAGUCUUUGGAGAUAGCCUUUGAAGAGUGUAUCUGGAGAGAGUCUCUCCGGAGAGAGCUCUUGGAGACAGUCGCUUUGGAGAAUGUAUCUGGAGAGAGUCUCUCCGGAGAGAGCUCUUGGAGACAGUCGCUUUGGAGAAUGUAUCUGGAGAGAGACUCUCUGGAGAUGUCUCCGGAGAGCCUCUUUAGAAAAUGUCUCUGGAGAGAUGUAACUCUUUCGACAGAUGGGUUAUACAAUCACUUUUAAUAUAGCAAUUUUAUAAUAUUGAGCUCUUAAAAGGAAUUUAUUUCUGAGAUUAUAAAUAUGGUUAUUAAACGUAUACGAAGAGACAUUAUUAAUGUUUCUUUUGGAUAUGUUAACUUUGAAUAAACUCGUGUACAACUUUUCAAAUAUCUUUAUGGCCCAAUGUUCCGAGCAGAUAAGUUAUUUUAAAACCUUAUAACUUUAUCCCUUUGCAGUUUUAUUUUAGGGUAUUAACUGAGUAUUAUUAGAUUGUAUUUGUUAUUAGUUGUAAGUAGAGAAUUUUUUUCGUUUUUUAUUAUAAUUUUAAAUGGUGUAAAUAGUUCGUUUGCAUUUAUUUUUAAAUAUGAUUUCAGCCACGCCAUUCAUUCUUCUAUUGUCAAAUGUAUAAAAUAUAUAGAUUGAAAUGGCGCUUUGGAAUAACGCAAUCAUAAAAAAAUAAAAACUCUAUUGAUUAUAUAUUCUUAAAAUUACAAUUUUAGGACAUCUCUUGUCCCAU